ACAUAUACAAACUACUACUAAUAAACUGACUUGAUAGCCUCUCAGUUUGAACCAGUUGCAAAAACCCUAAUUUCAGAGUUCGCUACGGUAUAGGGUUCCGUCAAAGCUAACCAGUACUUCACUGGCGGAACACCGAGCCAUCGGCCAACCGGCAGAGAGCAUCAUCGCAAAUGGACUUCGACGAGUACGACUAUCUGGAGAAGACUGUGGAAGAGACCAACGGUACUUCUACGAAGAGCAAAGACAAAGACAAUAACAGCAGCGCCGAGAAGGAGAAGAGCGAGAAAGGCUAUCGUCGAAGGGAGAGAGAUGGAAGUGAGGAAUACGCCGACGACGACAAUAGAGAGCGCCGGAGCAGCAAAAAGUCUCGCGGGGACGGCGAAAGCAUCAGAGAGAAGGAUAAGGAGAGAGAUAGGGAAAGGUCAUCGAGGCAUCGGAGUAGGGAACGGGAAUCUGAGAGGGACAAAGAAAGAAGCUCAAAAGACCGUGACCGUGACAGAGAGAAAAGGGAAAAGGAGAAAGAGAAAGAGAGGGAUAGAGACAGGGAGAAGGAGAAGGAACGUGAUAGAGAUAGGAAGAGUAGAGAUCGGGAUAGAGAUAGAGAUAAGGAGCGAGAUAAGGAGAAAGAUAGGGAGAGGGAGAGGUCAAGGAGGAGCCGUAGUCGCUCGAGAAUCGAGCGAGAGCGAGAGAAAGAGAUGUUGAGAGACAGCGAGCGUGACUUUGAAUCACGGGACAGCAGGAGAUUCAAGGAGAAGAAAGAAAAAAUAGAACCAGAAGCUGAUCCAGAAAGGGACCAGAGAACUGUUUUUGCUUACCAGAUGCCCUUGAAGGCGACUGAAAGGGAUGUGUAUGAGUUCUUCUCACAAGCAGGAAAGGUGAGGGAUGUGCGGUUAAUCAUGGACCGUAAUUCAAGGCGAUCUAAAGGAGUUGGGUACAUUGAGUUUUAUGAUGCUAUGUCCGUGCCAAUGGCUAUUGCUUUAUCUGGUCGCUUGCUCUUUGGCCAACCAGUAAUGGUAAAACCUUCUGAAGCUGAAAAGAACCUUGUUCAGUCAACUGCGUCUGGUGGUGGAUCAGGGUUGGCGGGGCCAAAUGCUGCCUCAGAAAGAAAACUUUAUGUUGGAAAUCUUCACUUUAACAUGACAGAAUUGCAGCUUAGACAGAUUUUUGAAGCUUUUGGGCCAGUGGAGCUUGUUCAAUUACCUACAGAUCCUGAAACAGGACAUUGCAAAGGAUUUGGGUUUGUCCAAUUUGCUCAACUUGAACAUGCUAAGGCGGCUCAAAGUUUGAAUGGCAAGCUUGAGAUUGCGGGUCGGACCAUCAAGGUUUCAUCUGUUACUGAACAUGUUGGAGUACAAGAUGCUGGAGCUAAAACUGCAGACUUUGAUGAUGAUGAAGGGGGUGGCCUGGCAUUGAAUGCUCAGUCAAGGGCCAUGCUUAUGGCAAAAUUGGACCGCAGUGGUGUUGCUUCAGGUGUUGCGGGUACACUAGGAGUUCCUGCACUUAAUGGAGCAGCUCAGCCAGCAAUGAGCAUGCCAAUGGGUGGGGCAACAGCUUUUCAGAAUAUGCUCCCAACACAACUCAUUGCUUCCAUGGCUCCCGAACCCAUUGGGAUUCCCAGCGAGUGUUUGUUAUUAAAAAACAUGUUUGAUCCUGCAACUGAGACGGAUCCAGAAUUUGAUUUGGAUAUUAAAGAUGAUGUAAAGGAGGAAUGUUCCAAGUAUGGCAGGGUCAAGCAUAUCCACGUGGACAAGAAUACCUCUGGUUACGUGUACUUGCGGUUUGAUAGUGUUGAAGCUGCAUCUCGUGCUCAACAAGCCAUGCACAAGAGAUGGUUUGCUGGCAGAUCAAUUUCAGCCAUCUACCUGCAACCAUAUGAAUAUGAUGCCAAGUUCAAAGGUACAGGCUAGAUGGGAGGCCAUCUAAAAUGUCUGAAGACUGCUGAUUUGUUCAUUGUAAUUGCAGAAGUGCAGCUGAUUUUGUAAUUUAAGUUGGGAUACCAAAGACUCGUUAAAGUUCCUUAUACCCGGACAGAUGAGGUUAUAGGUUGUGUAAUUUUGACACAGUAUUCUCAUUUUAGUCAACUGUCACUUAUGGAAUUCAUUUGUAUUUUUCUUUUGGCAACUUAAUUGAUGAGAGAUAAAGUGUGUUUGCUA